UGGUUCGGUAUUCGAAUGUAGUUUUUGAGUUUACUUACUGUACUACUUUAGGAAAAAAAAUGUUUUUUUAAAUUUUAAAACCUUAAUACAUGCUUAUAUGUGUAACAAGUUCACAUAUUAAAUUUUUGCUGAAUGUUCAUAAACGAAAUUUGCAUAAUACUGCAGCAAAAACUGCAAUAACAACGUAAAAAGGCUGGCUCAGACGUCUCAAAUUGUUUUCAAUAGAUUUGGAGUGCGGUAAUUGUGCUGAAAUAAUAGCUAGUUUAUUUCUUCCGACAUGACUACAGUUCCAUACCUGGGAAGUAAAAUAAGUUUAAUUUCGAAGUCGGAAAUUCGAUAUGAAGGCAUACUAUAUACUAUCGAUACCAAAGAGUCCACUGUCGCUUUAGCUAAAGUAAGGUCAUUUGGUACAGAAGGUCGCCCUACUGAUAGGCCAGUGGCUCCAAGAGAUGAAAUUUAUGAGUAUAUUAUCUUUCGUGCCAGUGAUAUUAAAGACCUUCAUGUUUGUGAGGCACCAAAAUCUCACCAUACCCUCCCUCAUGAUCCAGCGAUUGUCCAGCAUUCCCCACCUAUAUCCCCAUAUUCUCUAUCAUUUGGACAACCCUUUGGAACGCUAUGUGGUAUACCUCCAUUUCAGCACUUUCCUUCGCAAGCAAAUUUUCCUCAUAUAUCUUCAAUUUUGACUCAAAGUCAUUAUACAGGAUCUCGAUCUGCAACACCUUCUCAGAGGAAAAGUCCAACAAUAGAUGCAGGUGUUCAAGUAUCUGUAGGUUCUACAGAUGAGAAUCAGUCGUACAGAGAUCCUAGAAAUCAAGAAAAGCAGAGAAACCGUGAUAAUAGAGUGCAGUUUCAACAGCAAAGAAGAUUACCACCAGGAAACCGUCGUCAACAAAGCAGUAGACGAAAUAUCCCACGUAAUACCAGAAGCAGAAGUGGCUCUACCAAUAUAGAUACUUUAAAAUUUGAUGGAGAAUUUGAUUUUGAACAAGCUAAUGCAGAAUUUCAAGAACUUGAAAGCAAAUUGGCUAGGCAUAAGAUAGAUGAUACAAUAGAACCUCUCUCAGCAUUUGAAGAAAAUAUUCCUGGAUACGACAAAAAUAAAUCUUUCUUUGAUGAUAUUAGCUGUGAAGCUACUCAGCGAAUUAAGGGUUUGCCUCGAUAUGAUUGGAGGAAUGAACGGAAAUUAAAUGUUGAGACGUUUGGUACUUUAGCAAGCAAUUCGUGGUUCCGACGGCGUCGUUUUAGAGGAGGGAUGCGUCGAGGGCUUAGAGGACGUGGUGUUCCAGUUUCAAAUAGAUCUAAUGAAGGGCAGCAAAAAACUGUUACCUUUGAUGAAAUUCCUGAAAUUAAAGAAGUGAGUCUGAUAACUGAAGAUAGCAAAAGUGAAGGAAUCCCAGUUAUAGAAUUAAUUGUAGAAAAAGAGAAAGAAAAUGAUUGGCCUGAUGUAAAAUCAGUAAAUGUCUGGGGUUAACAUAUUUUGCAUGAACAAGUUUCUCUUGUAUAAAAUUUAAGAACAUUUAGUCUUUAAAAAUCAUAUUAUGGAAUAUUUUAGUUUUCCUGGUUUUGAAACUUUUUUGCAUAAUGCAUGAGCUUUAGAUUUUUAUGUGCAGAUUUAUGGAAUAUAUAUAUAUAUAUAUAUUUGUAAAUACUUUUGAGACUUGUUUGUUAUCAUUAGCCCUUCAAAGUUUUAAAUAAGCUUUCUUUGAGUGGUCAAGAAUGACUACUAAAAAUUUAAACAGUUCUUACAACGAAAUUUUUUUAGUUGGCUUUUUCCCUAAAUGGAAAUAUUUGAAAAAAAUUUCAGUCAUUAAAUGCUAUUUGAGCAUUCUGUUCUUUAAAUACAAAAUGUUUAAAAAUGUCUAUAAAUUUUUAUCAUUAAACUUAACUUGAUGCUGAGAAUAAUAAGCAUCAAUUAAUGGAAUGAGAUGCUGAGAAAUAAGAGUAAGCAUCUGCUCAACUAUUUUGUAUAUGAUUGAAUUGCAUAGAUAUUGUGCAUGUAAAAUUAAUGUAAAAUAGAAGUGCACAGAAUGACCAAGAUUUGUUUUCUAUUGUUAAAUAAAUUAUUUAUGCAAUUA